AUUGGGCAUUCACAUACAUUGGGUACCAAAACCAAAUUCUUUGUUUGUGUGACAUUUGUUACAAAUAAAUAAUAAGACACGAUUUGUAUUAAGGCUGAUAUAAAUAGUGUACAGGUACACAACUAGGUUCAUCUUUCUUCUAAAAUGGGCAUCAAGAUCAACUACACUUUAUUAUUAGGAAUGUUUUCACUGUGACAACAAAAAAGAUCUGAGUGUGUUGGGAGUGAGGCGGAGGUUGAAUUGGCUGAUUUGACACUGUAAAACCUGACAAAGCUCCAGAUGGAGAUUUAGGUUUAACACAUACAUUUCUUUGAUGACUUUGUCCCUAGAACGAUUAAAAAAAAUUGUCUUUGUAAUUUAGUGAAAGAAAAUGUGGAGACAUUUUUGCAUCACAAAAAAUAAACAGAAAUGUUCAUGUGUUGCAGUAAGCAGAUAUCAGAAUUCAGUCCUUGAAAGUUGUUAAAUUUGUGAUAAACUCUCCACACCAAUUGAUACUUUUCUUGGCUGUUCUGAGACUUGUGCAUAGCAACGUACAUCAAGCUGUCAUAAAUGUUAAUAUUUAUGCAGUAAUACUUUGUACUUAGUAUUUUAUUGCUCAUGCUUCAGAUCUUUUACUGCAAGAUGUAUUAAGCUCAUUUUCACUCGCAGCACAGCACCAUGACAAGCAACAAGCAUGAAGGCCUGAAGCUGAAGCGGGAGGUAGGGUUAAUUAAUGCGAUCUCUCUGGUCGCAGGCACUAUGAUAGGAUCGGGGAUCUUCAUGUCCCCUCAGUUUGUGAUGUCCAAUGUUGGAAGCCCUGGAGCGAGCUUGAUCAUCUGGGCUGUGUGUGGCCUGGUGACUCUAUGUGCUGCGCUCACUUAUGCAGAGCUCGGUACCAUGUUCAGAGAGUCUGGAGGUGAAUUCAUCUACGUCCUGAGAAUCUACGGACCCUUACCUGCAUUCUUUGUGGCAUAUACGUUCACAAUUGUGGUGAAACCAACAGGUAUUACAGCUGUAGCCUUGAGUUUAGCUCAGUAUGCUGUGGCUCCUUUUUAUCCAGGCUGCAUGCCACCUACAUUGGUGGUGAAAUGUUUAGCAGCAGCGUGCAUUUUAGUGGUGGCGACCAUCAAUAUGCUGAAUGUUCGAUUUGCCAUGACCAUUCAGGUUAUCUUCCUAGUGGCUAAUGUGGCGGGGUUGAUGGUGAUUGUUAUUGGUGGAAUCUUUACUAUGGCCCAAAAUGGCCUGGAAACCCUUGGAAAUCCAGACAUUGCCUUUAAGGGUACAACUUUGGGGAUCAGUACCAUUGGAAUGGCUUUGUAUCAGGGACUCUGGUCUUUUGCUGGAUGGGCUAAUUUAAAUAUUGUUCUUGAAGAGGUGAAAAAGCCAGAGGUAAAUCUCCCACGAGCAUUAAUGAUUGCCAUCCCAAUGGUAACGAUCCUCUACCUGCUGGUCAAUAUCAGUUAUUUGGCUGUAAUGACUCCUAGGGAGAUGAUGACGUCGAGUGCUGUAGCCGUUACAUGGGGCAAUAAGGUGCUGGGCAGCUGGGGAUGGGUGAUGUCUAUUGCAGCCGCAUUAUCUUCUUUUGGCACGCUGAACGGUUCGUUCUUCAGUGGAGGACGAAUUUGCUUUGUAGCUGCACGAGAGGGUCACUUGCCUAGUAUCCUGUCUAUGGCCCAUGUGCGUCGCCUCACACCCUCUCCAGCUCUUACGUUUACCAGCAUCAUUGCCUUCAUUGUGCUCAUUCCUGGAGACUUCCUGGGAAUAAUCAACUUCCUUAGCUUUACAUCCUGGUUCUUCUAUGGAGUUACAAUAUCUGGACUACUCUAUCUAAAAAUCAAAAGGUCUGACCUUCCAAGUACAUACAAGGUUCCAAUUUUUAUCCCCAUCCUGGUAAUUCUGGUGGCUUUGUUUCUGGUUUUAGCUCCUAUUAUUGACGAUCCUCAGCUCGAGUACCUAUAUGUCACCCUCUUCAUCCUAAGUGGAGCUUUAAUUUAUUUUCCGUUCAUUCACUUCAGACUGUGUCCACACCUGCUGGACAAACUCACAGUGUUCCUGCAGCUCUUCCUGGAGGUGGCGCCAGCUAACAAAAAUGUAUAAAACCCCACAUCAGACUGACAGGCAGACUUUUUAGCCUCUUGUGCUGAUAAGCUCUGGGGCCUUAUAAUAAUUUGUAACAGUUUUAUAACUAAUGCUUUCUGAAUGUUGUUAACAUUUAGUCCGUCUUUGCAUUUGGGAAUUUUUAGUUUUUGUGAGUUUGUUAAAAUAUCAAUAAUAUGCUGUGUUGUCUUAUGGCACCACUAGAAAUUGCCAAAUUUGUUUGCAAAAAUAUAAUUUACAAUACAUUUUUGUAGCUAGAGUUUUUGGUGUUAUUAUUUAAUUAUAUGAAAAACACUGUAUUCCGAAUAUUUGCUUUUACAUUUACAUUUCUGGCAUUUAGCAGACACCCUUAUCCAGAGUGACUUACAUUCU